AUGGAGGAGCACCGAGAUACAAGGAUGACAAAAGCCAGAAUCAAGAAAUGGUGCAGGAGGGACAGAAUAAGUUUUUCAGCCAGGUUGCCUCGUGACGUUGUUCUAGGUCGAGGGGUCUUUGAAGAUAGCAUCAUAUGUGCAGUGAAGUACUCCACCAAUCCAUUUUCAGACAUCAGGGAUUCAAUACUAGAGAUGAUACAUUGUUCAGGCGGGGUUCAAGAUUGGAAACAGAUGGAGGAAUUGAUUUAUUGUUACAUUGUUCUUAACCCCUCAGAAGUCCAUCAUGUUAUCAAGGAUGCCUUCCUUAGUUUGCUUGCUUCUAAUCUCCAGUGA